AUGAAGUUUUACUCUCUUCUUGCGUCUUUGGCGCUUGGCGCCCUGCAGACCUCGGCCGCUCCCGCCCCAGCCCCUGAGCCAGCCGAGCUUGCCGCUCGCGCGCCAACCCUCUACCUGUGUGGUGACAGCACCAUGGCUCGCAGCAGUGACUCUCAGAUGGACGGCUGGGGCCAGUACGUCUCCAAGUACUUGAACAUCGCUGUCGUCAACAGGGCCAUCGGUGGCCGCUCCUCUCGUUCUUUCUGGAACGAGGGCCGCUUCCAAAACGUCGCCAACGAGGUCAAGGCCGGAGAUAUCGUGGUUAUUGAGUUCGGCCACAACGACGUCGGCUCGCCCCGCUCCAACGAUAACGGCCGCUCUGUUUGCCCCGGCCAGGGCACCGAGACAUGCGUCUCUGACAAAACCGGAGAGACCGUCUACACCUACGUCUUUUACAUCAUCCAAGCGUCCAAGCUCCUGCGAUCCAAGGGUGCUACUGUCAUCCUCAGCUCCCAGACGCCCAAGAACCAGUGGUCGACCGGAACCUGGGUUGGAACUCCGUCCCGAUUUGUUGGAUACCAGCUGGUGGCCAAGAACGCUUUGGCCGACUCCGGCGUCACUUUCGUCGACCACCACGAGGCCGUCAGCAAGAUGUACCGCAAGCUGGGUGCCUCUGCCACCAACGCGCUUUACAUCAAGGACAACACCCACACCAGCGCCGCUGGUGCCGACCUCAGCUCUCAGGCUUUUGUUCAGGCCAUCUCCCAGAACAUGAACGGCACCACCCCCCUGGCUGCCCACGUCAAGACCCCGGUCAAGCUGGUCUACUAA